UUACACAACAGAAGUUCAUCAGCAUCAAAAAAGUACUGUUCACAUAAAUUAAUUACGCUGAGUGGCUCCAUUUUCCACCAAAACUUUAAUGCUGCACAGUUUUUGCAAAUUGCAAGGUUAUAUUUUCUUACGUUCUUGUCACACUUCUUGACAGUCAAUCAUAUUACAUUAUUUUCGUGAUAAUCGUCGCAGUAUGUUGAUUACGUCAUUGUCAUUAGGUGGGGAUGUUACCAGUAUCAUACUUUUCAGUUACAGAAAGUUAGUCGCGAAAAUUCGCUUUAUAUGGCCGUGGUGUAGAGUGUAGUUUUCUGUGGGUUUUAUUGGAUUGUACACCUCGUGGUGUGAGUGUACCAGUCGUUACAUGGUGGCGUCAGCAGCGUCUAUGUCACGGUGGUAUAAGUAAGGUGUUUCAACUCCAUUCAUAAAUUUUCAUAAAACGGGCGCUUAAAAACUGGUAUCGUAGUAGGUUGUGGGAGCUUAAGAUGACCGCCACCAUGUGGUAGUUACUUGUACUAUUUGCGCUAUCGACUGACGUUUGACAUGACAUUUGACGUAUAUUUCCCCUCAUCUUUCAAAAAGAUGUCACAAAACCUAACCUAUAAAGCUGACAUUUAUGACAACUUGCAUUCAAGGACAUUUUUACGCAAAUUUCAUUCAUUAUUGUGGACAGUUUCAUCAUAGUAUCCAGUAGACGGCGCUAGGAACUUUAAGCUCCCGUGGCCUUCUGGGAUCUCUUCGAAAAAAGACCAUUUUAAACUCGGAGUUCGCAGACCUGUUAUAUACGGCCGUGGUCUAUGUUGUCCGUGUAAUUAGACUGUCAUUAAACGUCAAUAGAAUAUAUAACAAAAUUGUGCCCAAAACUGAUAUUUCAUAAUCAUUUCGACAUCAAAUGUUGACAUUUGUGACUGCUGAACAGAGUUAAUAUACAUAAAAUAUAACAAAACAGUAACUAUAUUUUGAGGUUAUGUUUUAAUUGUUAUAAAGAAAAUGAGUGUUAAUUCUCUACCUCCACCUUCAACGCAGCGUGAUUGUAUCUCGGCGGCUACUAAACGAUACAAGUAUUUAAGAAGAAUGUUAAAGUUCGACCAAAUGGACUUCGAAUUCGCAUUUUGGCAAAUGUUGUAUUUGUUUAUCGCACCUCAAAAAAUUUACAAAAAUUGCCGUUAUAGAAAACAAACGAAAUCGCAGUUUGCGAGAGAUGAUCCAGCAUUUCUUGUUUUGUUUGCAGCGUGGCUGUGCAUUACAUCAGUUGGUUUUGCUAUUGUAUUAAAACUUAGAUUUUGGCAAUUUAUUAAUUUUCUUUUGUACGUAAUUUUUGUUGAUUGUAUUGGCGUUGGAGUGAUAACUGCUACAUUGUUUUGGUAUGUGCUGAACAAAUACUUUAGACCAAGUACUGAAGUACAAGAUGUAGAAUGGGGCUAUUCUUUUGAUGUUCAUCUGAAUGCCUUCUUCCCACCAUUAAUUUUGCUACAUUUUUUCCAGCUAUUCUUUUACAAUGGUCUGAUAAGUCAUGAAUGGUUUAUAUCGAGAUUGCUAGGAAAUACCUUCUGGCUGGUGGCAGUGUUGUAUUACAUGUUUAUAACAUUUUUAGGUUAUAGUUCAUUGCAAAUACUGAACCGAACUAAUUUAAUCCUCACACCAGUACCCAUAGUUGUAGUUUUUUAUAUAAUUAGUUUAGUUACUGGACUAAAUAUAACACAUGCUUUAAUGAAUUUUUAUAAACAUAGAGUUGUUUAAUAUAUAUUUGAAUCAUAGUUUGUAUCUAGUCUCUUAAAGUGAAAUAUUUAUUCGUUUGUUAGUUUUUAUACAUAUUGCUGUAAUAUAAAGUUUGUGGACGAUUUUCAUUUUUUGCGUAAUGGAUGACCUUCAAUGGAUAUUAGAUUGUUGUUACAAGAGUAUGAAAUUCGACAUCGUUCAGCAAUUGCAUCCCCACUUAAGCGAGAUUGUGAUGUUUUAAAUUUAAUUUGUGGCAGGUUGUUUCUAUGAAUACUUCUUUUCUCAAGAGUGUCAUUCAUGGUUUGUACAUUACAUGUAGAGUCCGACUUUGAGCUCACUGUAUCAUAAUUAAUUUUAAAACCUUUGACAUAAUAACUGGUAUCAGUAUUUGCCUUUGGUUUACGAGAACAUAACCUAAAAAAUAACAUUAUUAUUAUUUUUUUCCAAUAACGUGAAAACUAACUUAUUCAUUUUCUGCAAACCGUCAUAAAUUGUCAAACGGAAUGAAGCCAAAAAAGGCACGAUAGAGUGGACAAACGGUAUGUGGUAGAAACACUAAUAAAUGUUUAAUAUUCCUGGUUCACGGAAUACAAGGAUUAAAAACCAUAGAUGACCAAAACACAGGACUUAAGCAACCAAAGCAACAGUGCAACAGUGAUGAAAGGAAGGGGGAGAAAGGUCGGACCAUGAUACAAAGACUUUAGGUAUGCUACUCCGGUGGACGAGUUUGUGCAUUUUCUGAGCACAACCAACUGACGUCACAAGACCUUGAUGCAGCAGCUGUCAGUGAUGUGUUGAUGAUGUCAAAAGUCAAAACAUUAACCUGUUUGCAGAUUUGCAGAUACGUUUUGUUAUUUUCCACAGAUUUUCUUGAUUUUUCUUUUAUUUUGCCGUUUUAAGUUAGCAUAAAAUGAUCUUUUAUUUAAUUCGCGAAUUCGAAUAAACGUUCUUGUGCGAACUAAACAAUGGUAAACUUCGUCUGCUAACAUAUUUUCUGGUAAGUGACGCUUUAACUGUUGUACUAGAUAUUUAAUUAUAUAUGGUUGCUUGUUGAUUUGAGUUCCAUGGAAGGUCAAGAAUAGUGUUUCCAAUAAUUCCGCCGCAUGCAGAAGGUCACUGGAGGGCUGCAGUAAAUUUCCCCUGGAGAGAAAUUGAAUCCAAUCUGCUUCAAAAGAGUGUGGUACAUUUUCUGCUGGUGUUCCAAGGUGGGGAUAUUUGUGACGAAAACGAUGGGCAACAUACCCCGCCACAUAUCGAAGUCCUUCUGUUGAAAUUUUAUUGUCUUCUACAUCAACUUCGACUUCGACUUCAGAAAAAUGAUGAGUAUUAGUAUCAACAAACUGCAAUUUGACCAAGUGGCUAUCUUCAUUGCUUGGAAGAACACAUUUGGUGUCGAUUAUUGAUGAGAAAAGAGAUUCCGUUAGACAAAUUUCUUUCUCUUCCAAGGGAGUAAGCAAUGAUUCAUCAUCAUCUUUCUCACAGUUCUUAUUUAUGGAUAUGGCAGCUGAGGAGUGUCUACCCAGUAGGUGUUGAAAAUGUCGAACCAGUCAUUGACAAGUUGAAUAAAUUUCGAUGUUUCUGAGUAGUUCCCAUCAAUUAUUUUGUUAUCGCCACACCACUGUAUGGCUUUUGCAACGGUAUUUGAAAAGAGUUGUGCAGCAGGUUUGACCUUCUGCCUCUGACUGCCUUUAACAUCAAGUGAUGAUUUCUCCAUUAAUUUCAAAACCUUGGUCAAGAAAAUGAUUUCGCAAUAAUUUUAGCAGAUGUGGAAUGUCAGCGAAAACAAAAAUUAACUUUUCUGAAUCAGAUGGAUGUGGAAACCAAACACUGUCUAUAUUUAUUUGGAGCUGUUUCCACAGUGCCAUAUUUCCUGACCCCAUAUCACUAACAAUUGCUACGACGGUGUGUCAAAGUUAUAAUAAAUUGGCUGCUUCCAUGGCGAAAACAAUCCACGACACAUAAUCACUUGUGCGGCUCUGUGAGGACCCAACGCUUGCUCAAGAGUUUUAUCAAGGCAGAUCUGAUCCCUGAUGUACAUUUCAUCAAAUGAUAGUAUCGUGAUGCGUUCAAGCUCUGACAGUGAGCGAGCCUUGUCGUUCAUUAAAAUCAAAACAUCGUUUAAAACCCCUGGGUUUAUGGUAAACGAGCAGGCCCAUUUGCGUAAUGUACUCAGUGCAGGAAGUGGAUAUUUACAUUGUUGUCUCAAAUAUCUGUACGCUUUGGGGCUAAUACUGCGAAGUGAAAUUGCAGCCGAAAUAUCUUCAGUUGUCCACCUCACUCGUUUUUGGCUAAUUAAAGCUUUUAUUUGAGACUUUGUAAAAAUGUUUGACAAAGCCUGUACUACUUUUGUAUCAGAUGAUGUUUUUUCUAAUUGUUCAUUUAGUUCCAUAUUUUUCAUUUCUGUCAGUUGAGUCUUUGUAAGCAAAUCAUUAUAUUUUUGUUCCAAUUGCUCAUACUUUGCUUGCCAGUCAAACGUUGCUACUUCUUGCAAGGGCUUAACAUCAUCGCCAAAUAAAUUCCUUCCACACCGUUUUGGUGAUAUAAUGUGAGAACUCAUUGUCUGAAUUUUAUAGUUUGUUGGCGAUGCUGUUUCAACUAUGUGUUGUAUCUGCGUGCAGCCUUUCGGGCUUGGCGACAACUUACUUUUGUUAAAUCCAUUUUUUGUCGGGAUGGCAUUAGGCAUUAACCUUCGCCUGCAUUUAGGGCUGUACUCCAAAAGCCUGUGUUGUAGAGACUUAUAAAAGCACUGAGCAGCAAAAUGCAACGAACACAUACGAGCUGAAAGGUAAAAUAUAUUAUGUUGUAACUGUUUUUUGUUGGUAUAGGUUUUGUUUUAAUAAAUUAUAAUACAUGAA